AUGCCAACUUCAAUUCCUGGCUUCCUCCUCCCACGAGGCCCACCCUCAGCGUUGACCCUGCGCGCCCUCCAACGCCAAAGCGCGCAACGCAGCUUCACCUCGACCAGCGCCGCGCUGAAAAAAGCCAGCAACACCAAUGCCAAUUCCAAGCCCCGCGUUCUCGCAAAGCCCGAUAGAUUCCGCCCGCCCUCGCAUCCCCAGCGCCUCACGACUCCAUCUCCGAAGAACGCACCCCCAGGCCAACCAUUCGAGUAUGGCCCGCGCACGACGGAGAAAGAGCGUUUGCAGCAGAACAAGACGCAGUACCCAGGCAUGUUUCCGCCAGAAGGAACAGUGAUGUUUAAGUUCCUGACAAGCAAGUGGAUCCACAUCUGGAUUGCAUUGAGCGUCCUGAUCUCCUGCGCCGGAUUCACCUUCACAACAAACUUCAAAGCGACCUCUCCGUUCGCGCACCUGCUACCAUCCUGGUCGGGUCUGCUGACGUCGCCCAUUGACACCAUCUCGCAGGCAUUCUCUGUAUGGCGCAUGCAUGUGCAGCAUAAUUCAAUGCGCGUGCGGGAGCAGCGACACCGACGCGUUGAGGAUGCGGAGAAGAGGAAGCAGUACCGUAUCGCACAUGGCCUUGAGGAGGCAGAGCCUGAGAAGAAGGAUGAAGGUGCAAAUGAGGUCGAUACUCAGUCCCCUGUCGCUGCCGUUGAGGGUGCCGACGGUAAGGAGUUUGUUGAUUGGGAGGGUAACAAGAAACCCGUUAAGAAGUGGCUCGGAAUUUGGUGA